AAAAUUUCUCAUUCUUGAAAGUUGAAAUGAAAAAUUUUAUCACUGAAGAAAUAAUUUACCAAGUUUGAGUUCAAUUUCGAAUUAUUUUCGAUGUAUCCUUAAUUUCAACUCGAACGUACACUUGCGAGUAUAUUUUUACUGUGAGCAACAGUCGAUCGUUGAACUAUCAUAAUGACUACUCGAAAUCCAAGGAAUAUGAUAAAAGAAAGCGAACGAUUGAAAUCGUUUAGCAAUUGGAUUUACAGAAAAGAUUCUUCUGUCUCCUGCACCGCUGAAAAAAUGGCCAAGGCAGGUUUCUAUAUGAUUAGCGACGACGAGCCAGAUACUGUGAAAUGUUUCGUCUGUAUGAAACAAUUAGACGGCUGGGAGAAAGAAGACGACCCUUUUAUUGAGCAUAAGAAGCACGCCUCGUAUUGUCCGUUCGUAAAAUUUGGAAAAGAAGAAAAAGACUUGACUCUGCUGGAGUAUCUUUCGUUAUCAGAAGAAAUGGAAACUAAAUUACUCGAACUCAAACAUCAAGACGAUAUUAAACAGCUGGAAAAACUUCGCGAACAACUGGUUAAAAAAUUAGCUCAAAAAGAUACCGAAUCGAAAAGAAGUUAAUCUUUAAGUAUAGUAGAAUUAAGAUUUAUAUUUAAAUACUCUUCAUCGUUUUAUAAGCGAAUGUUUUUGUGCAGAUUUACUUGAAUAUUGACCCUUGAUUAUCCUUGCAAUCAAUUAUCGUAAAGUAAUACACAUUUUUAUAAUUAGU